ACGUGACCGACGUCAACUCCUCUCCCUCCUUCAUUUCCUGCGGCGUCCCGAGACCACCUCCUUCCUUCCUCCGCCGCCGUUGGCCGUCGGAGAAACCGUAACUGAACCCAAAACCGAAGAAACGACGAGUUCCAAGGUAACCGUCGACGUCCUGAUUAACCAACCUCCGGUUUCUCCGACUAGCGCCAACGUAGUCUCGUUUCGCCCGUCACCUUCGCCCAUCUCUCACAUUAUCACUCGAUCGCACUAAAUAACAUCUGCCAUUGGAGCUUGUGCUCGUCUGCGAACGUUUCUUCGCGACCUCGAUCUCUGAGCUCCAAUGGCGGACAGCCCUGCGGAGAGAGUAAUAUACCUCCACGGCGACCUCGAUCUGAAGAUCAUCGAAGCUCGAUGCCUCCCCAACAUGGACUUGGUCUCCGAGCGUCUCCGUCGCUUCUUCACCGCGUUCGAUGCCUUCCGCGUUUCUUGUACCUCCGGCGAUAAACAAAAGAGCCACCACCAUCGUAAUAUCAUCACGAGCGACCCUUACGUCACUGUCAGCCUCGCCGGAGCAACCGUCGCCCGCACGCGCGUCAUCUCCAACUCCCAAGACCCUAUCUGGAACGAAAACUUCAAGAUCCCGCUGGCCCACCCGGCGGCUUUCGUGGAGUUCCAGGUGAAGGACAACGACGUGUUCGGCGCCGACAUGAUCGGAACCGCGACGGUGCCAGCUCAUAGAAUCGAAUCCGGCGAAGUCAUCAGCGAGUGGUUCCACGUGAUAGGGCCGUACGGCAAGCCCCCAAAGCCCGGAUCCGCGAUCCAUCUCGAGAUGAGAUUCGCGCCUUGCGAGAGCAAUCCCGUGUACCUGCGCAGUAUCGCGGACGAUAAGGAUAACGUCGGCGUGAGAGACACGUAUUUUCCGGCGAGGAGAGGAGGGGCGGUGACGCUGUACCAAGACGCGCACGUGCCAGAGAAGAUGCUGCCGGAUAUCGAAUUGGAAGGUCGGAAGGUGUUUACGCACGAGAAGUGCUGGGAAGAUAUAUGUCACGCGAUCUUGGAGGCUCACCAUAUGGUGUACAUUGUGGGAUGGUCGGUGUAUCAUAAGGUGAAGCUGGUAAGAGAACCGAGCAGGCCAUUGCCUAGUGGUGGGAAUUUGAAUCUUGGGGAGCUUCUCAAGUACAAGUCCCAAGAAGGGGUUCGGGUUUUGAUGCUGGUUUGGGAUGAUAAGACUUCGCACAGUAGGUUCCUCAUCAAUACGGCCGGAGUGAUGCAAACUCACGAUGAAGAAACUAGGAAGUUCUUCAAGCACUCCUCUGUCGCUUGUGUGCUGUCUCCCCGUUAUGCCAGCAGUAAGCUCAGCAUUAUCAAGCAACAGGUCGUUGGAACCCUUUUUACUCAUCAUCAGAAAUGUGUGAUUGUGGAUACACAAGCUUCGGGAAAUAACAGGAAGAUAACUGCUUUUAUCGGAGGUCUAGACCUUUGUGAUGGACGUUAUGAUACUCCUGAGCAUCGACUAUUCCGUGAUCUUGGCACUGUGUUUCAGGAUGAUUAUCACAAUCCAACAUUCACUGCAGGUACCAAGGGUCCAAGGCAACCGUGGCAUGAUUGGCAUUGCAAAAUUGAAGGUCCUGCUGCAUAUGACGUAUUGACCAACUUUGAACAACGCUGGAAAAAAGCCAAAAAAUGGUCUGAGUUUGGACGGCGUUUCAAAAGGGUAUCUCACUGGCAUGAUGAUGCUUUAAUAAAGUUGGAGCGCAUUUCAUGGAUACUCAGUCCUUCCCAAACAAUUCCAAAUGAUGAUCCUUUAUUGUGGGUGUCUAGGGAAAAGGAUCCCGAAAGCUGGCAUGUUCAGAUUUUCAGAUCUAUAGAUUCAGGGUCUACGAAAGGAUUUCCCAAAGAUGUUCGUUUGGCUGAGGCUCAGAACCUUGUCUGUGCAAAAAAUUUGGUAAUAGACAAGAGCAUUCAAACAGCUUACAUCCAAGCAAUCAGAUCCGCCCAGCACUUCAUAUAUAUUGAGAAUCAGUAUUUUCUUGGAUCAUCGUAUGCAUGGCCAUCUUACAAACAUGCAGGUGCGGAUAAUCUAAUCCCAAUGGAAUUGGCAUUGAAGAUUGUUAGUAAGAUCAGAGCAAAGCAGAGAUUUGCAGUCUAUAUUGUCAUACCAAUGUGGCCUGAGGGCGUUCCCUCUUCUGCAUCUGUGCAAGAAAUUCUCUUCUGGCAGGGGCAGACCAUGCAAAUGAUGUAUGAAAUUAUAGCAAGAGAACUGAAUUCCAUGCAUAUUGAGAACUCGCAUCCUCAAGACUAUCUAAACUUCUUUUGCCUUGGGAAUCGGGAAGAAUUGCCUGAAGAGUUGUCAAGAUCCAUUAAUGGUGAUACGUUUUCAGCUUCCCAAAAGUUUCAACGCUUCAUGAUAUAUGUACAUGCGAAGGGAAUGAUAGUUGACGAUGAAUAUGUGAUGCUGGGCUCUGCUAACAUAAACCAAAGAUCUUUGGCUGGUUCAAGAGACACUGAAAUAGCUAUGGGUGCAUAUCAGCCUCAUCGUACAUGGGCUAAGAAGAAGAAACAUCCACGCGGCCAGGUAUACGGAUACAGAAUGUCACUAUGGGCAGAGCACCUAGGGAUGGUGGACGAUCUCUUCAAAGAACCCGAGAGUUUGGACUGUGUGAGAGCUGUGAACAAGAUCGCUGAAGAAAACUGGAGAAGGUUCACGGCGGACAAAUUCACCCGUCUACAAGGACACCUUCUCAAGUACCCUGUGGAGAUAGAUGCCGGCGGGAGUGUAGGACCGCUGCCCGGGCAAGAAACUUUUCCUGAUGUGGGUGGGAAAAUACUUGGAGCUCCUACAACACUACCUGAUGCUCUAACCACGUAGCCUCCUAGUUUCCUUUGUUCAUAUAGUCUCAGGAGUGCCGGAAAAGGCUCUCGCUUUUCAAACUGCUGCAACAGUCUUUUUAGAUGAUUAAAUUUGUUCGAGUAUCGGUCCGGGUAAUUUGGUCAAAAUACUGUAAUAAUAUGAAGUCUCAGAAGAUGUACAACAAUACAAAGUGUAUCAAUACAAAUUGGGAUGAAAUUGUUCAAAGAAAGAAA